AUAUCUCUCUACAACAGCGAUACUGAGUAAGGCCCAAGCUGAGGAAUAUAUAAAGGUAAGCAGCGCGUUAUUUUAAUUCAUUCGUUUGAAUGGUGAAGAUGUAAAUGACUUUAAGAGAAUUUACAUUGGGCAGAAAAGUUAUUCUCUUCAGUGUUAUUUACUGUUUAAAUCACUCCGUGAAAAGAGACAUCAAAUAGAAACGCAAAGUGUAAAAAAUAGUGCCCAAAAAGUUUGUUGCUUUUUUUCAAGUGCAAAUAUACAAAUUUCAUCGUGCGAUAUUUUAUUUAUUCUUUGUGGAGUACUUUUUAUCACCUUCAGCGACACUUUCUUCAAAGCAGAGUUUAUAUUAGUUUUCUUUUAAGUGCCUCUGUGAGUUGUUUUGUGAAUGUGCUCAAGAAAAGUUCUACUGAUUGAGGAUUAACUUAAAGACAAAAUCAUGAUUCAGGCAAUUAAAACUCUCGUGCUGUUGGUCAUACCGCUGGUCACACUUGUUCAGUCGACCACGCUCAAGUCACCCAAAGUCUACAAUGCUCUCAUCACCACAGACCAGAAUUUAAUUCCCAGCAGAGCCUAUCCUGUUGUCCAACCCACUAUACACGAUGCAGGCUUUGGCUACUCAACUUUCGGUCUUGGGCACCACCAUAACGCUUUCGGCCUCUAUGACCCAUACGCUGGCCCAUACCAUCCACAUGGUGGCUUCCUUGGGGGACCCGUGCCUGGUGGUUUUCAAGCAAGAAACCAAUAUUCAUUCUUCAGCAGCCAACAAGGAAAAUCUGCGUCAGGUGUUGCAGCAGCAGCUGCAGCGGAAGAAUCUGCUAGUGGUGCCUCUGUUAGUAGCGUGACAAGUGAGCAGGCAAUUAUUAGUGGCAAUGAUGCUCAACUCGAUGCAGGAUCUGUAGCCAAUACCAACUUACUUAAGGAAAAUCCACCAAUUCCACUCAAUGAAUUCGGUCUUCCACCCAAUUUGAUUCCUCUCUCGACGCCACAGGACUUUAAUCGACAGGGAAAUCCUGUUAAUCUUCAACCAUAUCCCUACAAUUCAUAUCCACUGAUUUAUGAUUCCUUCGGUGGUGGCUACAAUGCUAAUCCUUACUUGCCACCAUUCAGUUACUAUCCAUCUGCAUUUGGUGGACCAGGUAUUUUGGGUGGUGCUCCUGGAGCUGUAGCUGCUGGUGCUGCUGCUGGGCCUGCUGGUGGACCUGUGGGUGGACCUGCAGAUGUACCCAUUGGUGGUCCUGAUGGUGGAGCUGAUGGCGGUGACGCAGGUGCAGCGGGUGGUGCCGAUGGUGAUGCCGGAGGAUCAGAUGGUGGAGAUAUUGAUGGUGGUCAAGAUGGAGAUAUCGAUGGAAGAGUUGGAGAUGCAGGUGGAAGCGAUGGAGGUUCCUCAGGAGGUGCAGGAGGUGCUACUGGUGGUGAUAGCGAUGGAGGAUCAACAGUAAGUGAGAAACAGACAAAUGAUGGUGGAGCUGCAGCAGGAGGUUCUUCGUCUUCUGGCGGAAGUUCGGGCGGUUCUGGUGGAAGUUACGGAAGCUCAAGUUCAUCAGGUGGUGAUGGCAGUGGCUCAUCAUCAUCAUCAUCAUCGAGUGGUGGCACCUAUCGUGGCACCUCACGUCGAACUGGUUUCCGAGGCAGUAACAUCCGUUCCGCUCUGAGAACUGAUCCCCAGAAUCCCGCACAAUCAUAAGUGUACAAUUCACUUACUCCCCCCGAUUACUCUUCCCUGACUCCCAGUGCUCUUCCUAACUUAUUAAUCAUUAUUAAUAAUUAUACUCCCCAAAAGUUGAAAGAUAAAAUGCUUUAGAGGUCAAACGUCCCCGUUUUAUUUGUACGAAAAACUGAAAUAAAGAAAUGUAAGAAAGA